AUGGCUAUGUUCCAUCGCCCUAAAUUUUUAUACUGUCUCUUUUGCGGUAAAAAUGGGCACAGUGAACAAGAUUGUUGGCAUAGAAUUCAAAGCCCAUCCUAUCGCUUGCCAAAUACAAUCGAAAAAAAUAUAAAAGAAAAGGAAAAUGAAUUUAUUCGAAAUAAAACCAGAGAAAAGGUAGAGAAAGAAUUUAAUGUAAAAAUAGAAAAUACGACAGAGAAGUUAUGGAGUGAAAUCAUCGGGCUAAAAAUUGAAGUACAAACAACAGCCCCACAAAUAGCACAGUUAGUCUUACAAAUUCGAUUUUAUUUUUGGCAAUAAUAUUCUUUUACUUAAUUAAUUUAACAAAUGGGGCUCCUUGUAAACAAAACGAAAAGGGAAUUUUAAAACAUCUGGAUAACUGUGCGCAAGAAGGGCUCGUUAUUUAUCAAAGAAAAGACAAAACACUUUGUUGGAAAAAGGAAAUUUGCCCAGAAAAUAAAAAUUUAAGAUGGUC